GCGGUCCCCUCCCUCCCGCCCGCUCGGCGCCCGCGUCCCCUGGUCGAGACCCAGCUGCUCGCGACGUGUCCGGCCAGGGCGCCCCGCACGCGCUCCAGCUCAGGAUGUCGGGGUGCAAGGGUGCUACCAAGAUGCUCCGAGGCCCCUGCUCUGCCCUCCUGCUCUGGGGGCUCCUGGGGACCCUCCAUGCCCAGCAGCAGGAGGUCAUCGCGCCGGGCACCUCAGAGAGAAACAGCUGCCCAGAGAAGGCCGACUGCCCCAUCAGAGUGUACUUCGUGCUGGACACCUCAGAGAGCGUCGCCAUGCAGUCCCCCACGGACAUCCUGCUCCACCACAUGAAGCAGUUUGUGCCGCAGUUCAUCAGCCAGCUGCAGGACGAGCCCUACCUGGACCAGGUGGUCCUGAGCUGGCGCUACGGCGGCCUGCACUUCUCUGACCAGGUGGAGGUGUUCAGUCCUGCGGGCAGCGACCAGGCCUCCUUCAACAAGAGGCUGCAGGGCAUCCAGUCCUUCCGCCGGGGCACCUUCACAGACUGCGCGCUGGCCCGCAUGACCGAGGAGAUCCGGGGGCACAGGGGCAAUGGGGGCAUCGACUUCGCCAUUGUCAUCACAGACGGCCACGUGACCGGCAGCCCCUGCGGCGGCAUCAAGCUGCAGGCCGAGAAGGCCCGCGAGGAGGGCAUCCGGCUCUUCGCCGUGGCCCUCAACCAGAACCUGAACGAGCAGGGCCUGCGGGACAUCGCCAGCACGCCACUCGAGCUCUACCGGAACAACUACGCCACCAUGCAGCCCGACUCCACCGAGAUCGACCAGGGCACCAUCGACCGCAUCAUCAAGGUCAUGAAACAUGAAGCCUAUGGAGAGUGCUACAAAGUGAGCUGUCUGGAGAUCCCAGGGCCCCCCGGCCCCAAGGGCUACCGCGGGCAGAAGGGUGCCAAGGGCAACAUGGGCGAGCCCGGAGAGCCAGGACAGAAGGGACGGCAGGGAGACCCCGGCAUCGAAGGCCCAAUUGGAUUCCCAGGACCUAAGGGUGUUCCUGGUUUCAAAGGAGAGAAGGGUGAAUUUGGAGCCGACGGGAGAAAGGGGGCCUCGGGCCUGGCCGGCAAGAAUGGAACCGAUGGGCAGAAGGGCAAGCUGGGGCGCAUUGGACCUCCUGGCUGCAAGGGAGAUCCCGGGAGUCCGGGCCCCGAAGGCUACACCGGGGAAGCCGGCAACCCUGGGGAGCAAGGAGACCGAGGCCCCAAGGGGGAUGCUGGCCGCCCAGGUCGCAGAGGGCCCCCUGGAGAUGAUGGGGCCACAGGAAGUAAGGGGUACCAAGGCAGCAACGGAUCCCCUGGAAGUCCCGGCGUGAAAGGAGCCAGGGGCGGGCCUGGGCCCCGAGGACCCAAAGGAGAGCCUGGGCGCAGAGGAGACCCCGGAACCAAGGGCAGCCCGGGCAGCGACGGCCCCAAGGGCGAGAAGGGGGACCCUGGCCCUGAGGGGCCCCGGGGCCUGGCCGGAGAGGUCGGCAGCAAAGGGGCCAAGGGAGACCGCGGCCCGCCAGGACCCAGAGGUCCCCAGGGGGCUCCUGGGGAGCUGGGGAAGCAGGGAUCGCGGGGGGACGCUGGCGACGCUGGUCCCAGAGGGGACUCUGGACCUCCUGGCCCCAAGGGAGACCCUGGCAGGCCUGGAUUCAGCUACCCUGGCCCCCGAGGAGCUCCUGGAGACAAAGGCGAGCCAGGCCCGCGUGGACCUGAGGGGGGUAGAGGCGACUUCGGCAAGAAGGGAGAUCCCGGGAGGAAAGGCCAGAAGGGCGAGCCUGCGGAUCCUGGCCCCGCUGGUGAGCCGGGCCCUCGGGGCCCGAGAGGACCCCCAGGACCUGAGGGAGAGCCCGGCCCGCCCGGAGACCCUGGCCUCACGGAGUGUGACGUCAUGACCUACGUGAGGGAGACCUGUGGGUGCUGCGACUGUGAGAAGCGGUGUGGCGCCCUGGACGUGGUGUUCGUCAUUGACAGCUCUGAGAGCAUCGGCUAUACCAACUUCUCCCUAGAGAAGAACUUCGUCAUCAACGUGGUCAACAGGCUGGGGGCCAUCGCCAAGGACCCCAAGUCGGAGACAGGAACCCGUGUGGGGGUCGUGCAGUACAGCCACGAGGGCACCUUCGAGGCGAUCCAGCUGGACGACGAGCGCAUCGACUCGCUGUCCAGCUUCAAGGAGGCCGUCAAGAAACUGGAGUGGAUUGCUGGGGGCACCUGGACCCCCUCGGCCCUCAGGUUCGCCUACGACCAGCUCAUCAAGGAGAGCCGGCGCCAGAAGACCCGUGUGUUCGCGGUGGUCAUCACGGACGGCCGCCACGACCCCCGGGACGACGACCUCUACCUGCAGGUGCUGUGCGACCACGAUGUCACGGUGACGGCCAUCGGCAUCGGCGACAUGUUCCACGAGAAACAUGAGAGUGAGAACCUCAACUCCAUCGCCUGCAACAAGCCGCAGCAGGUGCGGAACAUGACGCUUUUCUCUGACCUGGUGGCCGAGAAGUUCAUCGACGACAUGGAGGACGUGCUGUGCCCGGACCCCCAGAUCGUGUGCCCAGACCUUCCCUGCCAAACAGAGCUGUAUGUGGCCCAGUGCACACAGCGGCCAGUGGACAUCGUCUUCCUGCUGGACGGCUCCGAGCGGCUGGGCGAGCAGAACUUCCAUAAGGUGCGGCGCUUCGUGGAGGAGGUGUCACACCGACUGACGCUGGCGCGCAGGGAUGACGACCCGCUCAAUGCGCGGGUGGCCCUGCUGCAGUUCGGGGGUCCGGGCGAGCAGCAGGUGGCCUUCCCGCUGACCUCCAAUCUGACGGCCAUCCACGAGGCCCUGGCGGGCGUGCGCUACCUCAACUCCUUCUCGCACGUGGGCGCGGGCAUCGUGCACGCCAUCAACCACGUAGUGCGUGGGGCGAGAGCCGGGGCGCGCCGCCACGCCGAGCUGGCCUUCGUGUUCCUCACGGACGGCGUCACGGGCAACGACAGCCUGGAAGAGGCGGUGCACUCCAUGCGCAAGCAGAACGUGGUGCCCACCGUGGUGGCCGUGGGCAGCGACGUGGACGCGGACGUGCUCUCCAAAAUCAGCCUGGGCGACGCUGCCGCCGUCUUCCGCGAAAAGGACUACGACAACCUGGCUCAGCCCGGCUUCUUCGACAGGUUCAUCCGCUGGAUCUGCUAGCGCGCCCGCCACCCCCGCGCCCCCACCCCCACCCGCCCACGCCCCAGCCUCACCCUGCGUCCCCGGCCCUGGAGGUGCUGUCCUCUGAUCCGCGGUGCUGCUCAGACCCCACCUAGAGGCCCGGCGCGCUGCAGGCUCCAUCUCUGCCGGUGUGGGAGUGAAGUCAGGAGCAGAGGAUCCCUGCCCACCCCCAGCUCCUCGCGGGGUCCCUCAGCCCUGAGCAUCACUGAGUCCACUGUCCCCUCUGAUCCACCCAUGCCCUGCCCUUUCUGGACCCCAGAGGCCUCCCAGGGCGCCCUCCAGCGGCCAGCAGUCCCGACCUCAGCUGCAGGCCCCUCUCCCUGCCCCUCAGCCCCCCUCAGCCCAGCAUCAUCCCUUGACUCAUCACCCCUCCAGAGCCCUCCAAAGGCUCUCUGCCAGCCCUGCCAGCACUCCUCUCUGGGGAUCACCUGCCCCUCGCCAGACUGAGCUGUGGCAGCAGGCCCUACACUUCCCUGUGUGCACACACCUCAGUCCAAUAAAGGCUUUGAACCGCC